AAAUUGCAGGAGAUAUUAAUAAAGAAGGCAAAGGCAAAGCCGAAAGUCCCGAAAUCCCCCAUAUGGCCAUGCCCGUGUUGAAGUCAAAGCCACCAUUUUGCUCUUUCUUUCCCUUCCUCUACAUCUCUUCUCCUUGUCAAAACCAACCCCCCACUCUUUUGUUUUGAGCUUUCCUUCUCUUGUUUGUUCUAACAACGAAAAACCCACAUCGGAAAAGUUGAUUUUGGUGAAGGGUUUUUGCUUGUUUUUCAUCCCCAGCAAAAAAAGUUUCAAUCUUUUUUGUUGUUGGUUCUCUUUAAUAUGUGUGCUCAAGAUUAUUGGGUUCUGGUUGUCAUUCUUGGGUUCUUGUUGCAAGCUCAGGUACUCAACUCUCAGAACCCGACAUGCAAUCCGAAGGACUGGACUGCACUUCAGUAUUUCAUGAGCAAUUUGACAACAAAACUUGAAGGUUGGGCCACGGAUUCAUCGACUGAUUGUUGUGUCUGGGAAGGCAUAACCUGUGAUCCUCCAUCUUCUGGUAGAGUAAUCAAGUUGGAACUUUCGAGGAAAAGAUUAUCGGGAAAAUUAUCGGAUGCUUUGGCUGGUUUGGAUCAGCUUAAAACUCUCAAUCUUUCCCGCAAUUUGCUUAAAGGCUCAUUGCCAUCGUCUUUGUUUCUAAUGCCGAAUCUGGAGCAACUUGACUUGAGCAAUAAUGAUUUCUCUGGAACAAUCCCAGAGAGCAUCAAUCUUCCUUCAAUUCAAGGCCUUGACAUUUCUUCGAAUUACUUUAAUGGUUCCCUGCCUUCCCAUAUAUGUGUUAAUUCUUCUCGAAUUCGUCUCCUUAAUAUGGCAGUAAACUAUUUCUCUGGUAAUAUUUUAUCUGGCCUUGGGAAAUGUUCUUUCUUGGAUGAACUUUAUCUUGGUGCAAAUGAUCUCACUGGUGGGAUAACUGAAGACAUCUUUCAGCUUCAGAAUUUGAAAUUUUUGGGGCUUCAAUAUAACAACCUUGAUGGGAAGCUUAGUCCUGGUAUUGCUAAUCUCUCUAACCUUGUUCGUUUAGAUAUUUCUUCAAAUAAUUUUUCUGGAGACAUCCCUGAUGUGUUUAGUCAGCUGAAGAAUUUUCAGUUUCUUGUAGCUCAAUCGAAUAGAUUUAGUGGUAGAAUUCCCAGUUCAUUAUCCAAUUCUCCAACCAUUAGUUUGCUGAAUUUGAGGAAUAAUUCAUUGGAGGGUUUUAUAUAUCUUAAUUGCUCAGCUAUGGUUGCUUUGAAUUCUCUGAAUUUGGCUACCAACAAGUUUUCAGGGCCUGUGCCUGAUAAUCUUCCCGUGUGCAGACAAUUGAGAAAUGUCAACCUUGCCCGGAAUAAUUUCAGUGGCCAAAUCCCCGAGAGCUUCGGAGAAUUUCAUAGCCUCGCUUAUCUUUCCCUCUCGAAUUCAAGCCUCCAUAAUAUCUCCUCUGUUCUUCGAAUUCUGCAGCGGUGUAGGAACCUAACUGCUUUGGUCCUCACCUUGAAUUUCCCCGGCGAAACAUUACCUGAUGAUCGUAACUUGCAUUUCGAGAAGUUGAAGGUUCUUGUUAUUGCGAGCUGCAAACUUAGAGGUUCCAUUCCCCAAUGGUUGAGAAGUAUUACUGCUCUGCAGUUGUUGGAUUUGUCUUGGAACCGUCUGGGUGGAACGAUUCCCCCGUGGUUUGGAAGUUAUAGAGAUCUUUUUUACUUGGACUUGUCGAACAAUUCAUUUACCGGAGAGAUCCCAAAGAGUUUAACUGAAUUACCAAGCCUCAUUCAUGGAAAUAUCUCACUGGAGGAACCUUCAUCAGAUUUUCCUUUCUUCAUGACAAGGAAUGAGAGGGGGAAUGGAUUGCAGUAUAAUCAAAUUAGAAGUUUUCCACCGACACUUGAACUUGGCCACAACUUUCUUAGGGGACCGAUUUGGCCUGAGUUCGGGAAUCUGAAAAAGCUCAUUGUUUUUUAUCUGAAAUUCAAUAAUUUCUCUGGACCGAUUCCAGGAAGUUUGUCCGAGAUGACCGACUUGGAGAUUCUAGAUCUAUCACAUAAUGACUUAACAGGGACCAUACCACUUUCACUGGAAAAUCUCAGUUUUCUGUCCAUCUUUAAUGUUUCCUACAAUCGGCUUAAUGGGAAGAUCCCUUCUGGAGGUCAAUUUCAGACAUUUCCAAAUUCAAGCUUUGAAGGAAAUGAUCUUUGUGGUGAUCAUCGGUUCAGGUGUCAAGAGAAUACAAGUGAAGAUCGUCAUGAGCCCUCGAAAAGAUCAAGAAGGAGCAAAGAUAUCAUCAUUGGAAUGGUUGUCGGAAUCAUAUUCGGGACAGCUUUUCUAAUUGGGCUUCUUUAUGUGCUUGUUUUGCGUACAUAUAAACGCAAUGAGGUUGAUCCAGAGAAAGAGGAGCCUGACACCAACGAUAAAGAUUUAGAACUCAGUUCAAGGUUAGUGGUGCUCUUCCAAAACUGGGAAUCCUACAAAGAGCUUAGCAUCGAUGACCUUUUGGAAUCAACCGACAAUUUUGAUCAAGCAAAUAUCAUAGGUUGUGGGGGUUUUGGUCUGGUUUAUAGAGGCACUCUCCUUGAUGGUCGUAAGGUCGCCAUUAAACGGCUUUCUGGUGAUUGUGGUCAGAUGGAUAGAGAAUUCUGCGCUGAAGUUGAAGCACUUUCAAGAGCUCAGCAUCCAAAUCUUGUCCAUCUACAAGGAUAUUGCAUGCAUAAAAACGACAGGCUUUUGAUAUACUCUUACAUGGAAAAUGGUAGUUUGGAUUAUUGGUUACAUGAGAAGGUCGACGGGCCAUCCUUACUCGACUGGGAAACAAGGCUGCAAAUCGCGCAAGGGGCGGCUAGGGGUCUAGCUUAUUUGCACCAGUCGUGCGAGCCUCAUAUUCUUCACAGAGAUAUAAAGUCGAGUAACAUUCUUUUAGAUGGAAACUUCAAAGCUCACUUAGCCGAUUUUGGUCUUGCAAGGCUCAUACUUCCCUAUGAUACCCAUGUAACCACUGAUCUGGUAGGGACAUUAGGCUACAUUCCUCCCGAGUACGGACAAGCUUCGGUCGCAACCUAAGGUGAUGUGUACAGUUUCGGAGUAGUCCUUUUGGAGCUUCUGACUGGGAAAAGGCCCAUGGAUAUGUGCAAGCCGAAAGAUAGCCGGGAUUUAAUCUCUUGGGUGAUUCGGAUGAAGAUGGAAAACAAGGAGAGCGAGGUUUUUGAUCCGUUUAUCUACGACAAGCAGCACGAUAAGGAGAUGUUGCAGGUUCUGGAGAUCGCAUGCCUUUGUUUAAGUGAAGUCCCUAAACUUAGGCCUACAACACAGCAGCUAGUUUCUUUGCUGGACAAAGUGACAUCAAUAUGAUUGCAACUAGU